UCAAUUCCGUGGUUUAUAGAUGGCAGCAGCACAGCAGACAAAGCAAUGCUCUUCGAACCAUCAACAGUGAGCGAGUGAGAAAGUCGUGCUCCCUUCCUACUAAACGUCAAGAUGCCAAGUAUUAAGCUCCAGAGUAGUGAUGGGGACACCUUUGAAGUGGAUGUCGAAAUAGCAAAACAGAGUGUAACCAUCAAAACUAUGCUGGAAGAUCUAGGUAUGGAUGAGGACGAAGAAGAAGUUGUUCCCUUACCUAAUGUCAAUGCUGCUAUUCUGAAGAAAGUGAUUCAGUGGUGUACGUAUCACAAAGAUGAUCCUCCUCUUCCUGAUGAUGAUGACAAUAAGGAAAAACGUACAGAUGAUAUCUCCUCAUGGGAUGCAGACUUUCUCAAAGUGGACCAGGGAACAUUGUUUGAAUUGAUCCUUGCUGCUAAUUACUUGGACAUCAAAGGUCUCUUAGAUGUUACGUGCAAGACUGUGGCCAACAUGAUCAAAGGCAAAACCCCUGACGAAAUCCGCAAAACCUUCAACAUCAAGAAUGACUUCACUCCAUCAGAAGAGGAGCAAGUACGCAAAGAGAAUGAAUGGUGUGAAGAGAAGUAAAUGAUAAAACCCAAUAUAUUAUUUAUCUGUAGGUGAUCAGAAAUUAUAGAAUAAAGUGUUACUUGACUUAGGCUGCCAUACCCUCAAGAGAUGUGUAAUCCAGAGGUGCUUAAGUUUGUACACAGCAAUGCCAGAACAAGCCUCUCAUGGAUUGGAAACUUUUAAGCCAUAAGGCUAAGUUCUACUUGGCACUUGUAUCAACUUUCCCUAGUAAUCUAUGUAAUUAUUCUUGUUUACUUUUUUUAACUUUCAUUGUUUUGUGAAUGUGGUAUUGUGAAUGUGGUACUAUAUAAUUGGAAAUUCACAGUUGCCAUAUUUGGGAACAUUUGGUGUCUGAAGUGAAGGAAGAUUUUCUUUUUGGUCAACAGUUGAGAAUUGUGGUAGCCAAAUUUACUAUGGAUAACCUACAACUCACAAUUGUUCACUUUCUCAGAUCUCUGAUUUGUCAUUUGAUGUCUGGACAAUACAUUUUUUUCCGUUUAAUUUCUUUUUGAAUUUCAUAGGUACUGUACCAUUCAAACCUUAACAUUUACCAAGUGCAAUGUUGAUGUCAGCUUCAUCAGACAUUCAAAGAAAGGCAUAUUUUAUAUAAUUUUGUUUUGUCCCCCAGUGUGAGUAGCUUUUUCCUUUGCAGUCCAUUCAGUAAAUAACAUGCAUUAGUGUCCAACAGUAGUGAUAUUUUGAUAAAGCACUGCAUAUAAUGCACUUGUGAUGUAUUUAUUGGCCACCUUUUUUUCUCAUAUUUUAUUUUGCUUGUUCUGAAUGUGAAGGAAAUUUUAUUAUUCUUGUCUAAAUAAACCUCCAAGUUAAA